CUGUAACUGUUCAGAUAUGAAGAAUCAGACCGAAGCUCAGAAAUGAAUCAGAGCCGCUGUAGAUUGACUGAAGGCAAGCCAGCUCCUGUCUGAAGGUGAGCCGCUGUAUAAGACAGCAGUGGGACAGCGGCGCACUCUUUGACACGAACAGAACCUGACCUUUAACGGAUUCAGUUUCCAGGUCUGCUUCACUCACUCACCAUCAGCCAGAGCUUACUGAGCCGUUUCACGUUUGCUGAUGCUCGGCUCUCUCACCUGUUCCACACUUCCUCUGCCCCAGGAAUCCAGGAUGAGGAUCCUUUUGCUUCUAGUUGCGGCGGUGGCGGUGGCUGCAGCCCAGAACGACUGCUCUCUGGGAGCGUGUUACCCGCCGAGCACAGACCUGCUUCUGGGUCGGUCUCAGCAGCUCCGGGCCUCCUCCACCUGCGGCCUCACCGGCUCAGAGGUCUUCUGCACCCCAUACCAGUGGAGAAUGAAAUGCUGCCCUUGUGACUCCAGGAACCCAAACGGUCAGCUGGCCCACACAGUGAAAGAAAUCCUCACGACUUCUGGCCCAAACCGGUGGUGGCAGUCCAGUAAAGGCGUCGAUCCAGUCAUCCUUCAGUUUGACCUCAACAAUAUGUUCCAGCUCGACAACCUGAUGCUCACCUUCAAGGGUCCUCGUCCCAACGCCCUCCUCAUAGAGAGAACUCUGGACAAUGGACGGACAUGGCAGCCUGCGCUCUACUUGGCCAAAAACUGCGAGGAAGCUUUCCCUGGGAUCCAAACCACCAGCCCCAUCAGUCUGGAGCAGACAUACUGCCACCCACUGCAACCGCAUGCUGACCCAUACCAGGAGGAAACGAUCGAGUUCAGCCCGUUGCGUCAGUACCUUUUUGCUCCAGUUUCCAACAGCCAGAAGAUUGAAGAUAAGGCCGGUCUGACCGGCCUGCGGGUGACUCUGACCGAGCUGGGCGACGUGCCGUCCUACCCGGGCAGAUCCCUCAGUAGGUUCUUUGCCCUGAAGGAGAUGAGAGUGAUGGGAACCUGCAUGUGCCACGGACAUGCCGACCGCUGCCAGGCGCAGGAGUACAAAUACCCCGGAACCAACACCAUCCAGGUGAGCCAUGUGUGUGACUGCAGACACAACACCGUCGGUGAGAACUGCGAGCGCUGCGCCGACCUCUACAACGACCUGCCUUGGAGACCCGCAGAGGACAGGAACACGCACACCUGCCAACGCUGUGAGUGCAACAACCACGCCCAGCGCUGUCACUUCGACCCAGCAGUGUAUGAGGCCAGUGGGCGGAGGAGCGGCGGAGUGUGUGAGGGUUGCAUGCACCACACCACAGGGCCAAAGUGUGACCGGUGUGCCCCGGGCUACCAGCCAAACCCCCGGAGCCAGAUGGAUCGUCCCGAUGCAUGCAUACGCUGUGCCUGCAAUGCGGAGGGGACGGUGAACGGGGGCCAGUGUGAAGACAGCGCCGGCUCCUGUCAGUGCAAAGCCAACGCGGAGGGCCCUCUCUGCGACCGCUGCAAAAAAGGUUUCCACAGCCUGAGCUCGUCAGACCCCCUGGGAUGCAAAAAAUGCUCCUGUUCUCCGGUCGGCUCCCUGUCGGUGCUGUGUGACCCUGUGACCGGACAGUGUCCCUGUCGCCCCCACUUCCACGGCCCGACCUGCGACGUGUGUUCAAAAGGCUACUGGAAGCCGCCCCAGUCAGAGGUCUGCGAGCCGUGUGGCUGUGACCCGACCUGGUCGACCAGUGACACCUGUGACCAGCGGACAGGUCAGUGUCAGUGCAGACGAGACUUUGGAGGAAGGACAUGCAGUCAGUGCGCAGACGGCUCGUAUGGAACCCCUCUGUCCGGCUGCCGACCUUGCCAGUGUGACUCAGCGGGAACCCUCCCGGAAGUGUGCAACAGGAAAACGGGAGUGUGUUUGUGCCGAGCUGGGGUCACCGGGCCCCGCUGCGACUCCUGCAGUCGCGGGCGCUGUGACUCGUUCCCUGCCUGUGAACUGUGUCCGGACUGCUUCUUCAGUAUGGACGCCCAGCGGAGGAAUGUCACCCUCGCUCUGGACAAGCUGUCCCUCAGACUGCCGUCUCUCCCCGGAGGCGGCGGGGACCUGGGGAGCCUGGGGCCACGCUUUCAGGAGCUUGAGGCCGAUCUCGCCCGGAUCAGGGAGUCCGUAUCCCGACCGCCCAAGACUGUCACCCAGCUGGAAGAUGCUCAGUUCCUGCUCAACAAACUGAGGGACGACUUGGAAAAGGUGGACGACGAUCUUCCUCCUCCGGUCAGAGAUCCUGCUUUGGAAGUGGAGCUGGAUAAACUGCAGGAUCUACUGGAUAGCAUCUCUUCAAUGUACAAAGAAAAGAAAGAUUCCACGGGGACCGUCGUCGACCCCGACGAUGCAGGAGGUCUUGAUACCAUCAAGAAUGCGUAUGAUAAGUCAAAAGAUGCGGCCAAGAAAGUGAAUUCGACUGAGACCACAAUAAAGGAGGCGAGAGACAUCCGAGAGGAGGCGGAGGACAUCAAGGAUAAAGUGCAGCCAAACAACACCAGAGACCUGAACCAGCUGAAAAACAACAUGACCUCCCAGCCAGACCUCACUCCUGUAGCGAAGCAGGUGUGUGGCAGCACUCGGUCCGAGCCCUGCACCCCUCUGCAGUGUGAGGGCGGCGCUCUGUGUCCGCCGGAGGGAAGCCCGCUCUGCCAGGACGGGACGCAGUGCGUCGGCGCGCUGCCUUUGAGCAAACGGGCCGACGCCGACGUUACGGAUGUGAAGGACCGUCUGGCCAACCUGAGUCUGAAGAUCACAGAGGCUGCAGAGAUGCUUCAGAACGCACAGGAAAAAACAGACAAGGUGAAGCAAGUAACAAAAGACCUGUCAGGCAAAACUAAGACAGCCAGAGAUCUGCUGGAGGAUGAAAUGAACAAGACCCGCGACGUAAUUCAAGACCUCAAGGACUUUCUGACGGAUCCGUCUUCCAACCUGACCGAAGUUCAGAAGAUAAGCGAGUGGAUUCUGAACACCAGCCUGCCGGUCAGCCUGCCCGACCUGGAGAAGAAGCUGGAGGAGCUGAAAAAUCUGGCUGCAAAUCUGCCGAACACCGAGAACGUUCUGAAGGAGGCCACGCCCCAGCUGGACAAAGCCAGGAAGCUGCUGCAGGAGGCGGAGGAGGCCAGGGUCAAGGCUCUGGAACCCAAAGAAAAUGUGGAAAAACUCCUGGAAAGCAUAAAAGCAGGGAACGACUCCCUCGCCGACUUGGAAAAAAAGCUGCAGGACAGUUUGGACCUGAUCGAAAGCGUCAAUGACAACCUGACGCAGGCAGAAGACGCGCUGACUCCAGCAGAGAAGACGCUGACCGACACAGAAGCACUGACGGCACCGAUGAAGGACCAGUUGGAGAAGCUGAAGAAGCUGUUGGAGGAAGCAAAGCAGAAAGCUCCCAAAGCUCUGCAGACUGCAGGGACAGCUGAGGACGAGGCAAAUGCAGCUCUACCGAUUCUGAAGACUUUGGAGGAGCAGCUUGAUCGUCUUAAAGACCAGGUGGGCCCCGGAGCUCCUGGAGAGACGACUCCUCUGGCAGAGAGAGUGGAGAAGCUGAAGGAGAAAGCUAAAACUCUGAGGAACACGACGCUCAAUAUGACAGAUGCUCUUGAAGGAAAAGCAGACUCCCUGAGAGGCCUGCAGGACGAGAUCAUCCAGAAGUCUACCGAGCUUGAUGGACUCGACACCAAGCUGAAGGACAUCUUGCAAACGAUCCGAAAAAGAGCCGAAGAACUGCGCUCCUGUUCGGCCUAAAUCACCUUAUUGCUCGGUCAUCAUCAAAACCCUAACCUAAUUUUUUAUUUUUUUUGUUAUAUUUGCACUCUUUGCAUAGCACUUUUUCAACAAAACCAUUUUUAUUCUGAGAUAUAGUAAACCGUGUUUCCCUCUACACUGUUUUCCACUAUUUGCAUGUGGUACAACUGUUCUACUUUUCAAAAAGGAACAAAAGGGUCACUGACACUAUACAAUAUUUAUUUUUUUUUUUUACUGAUUUGCAUCUGCUGUUUGUGCACUUUUAAAAUAAAUUCUUAUUUACUCUUAA